AUGUUCUUCAGCUUAAAACUUAACUUAAUAAAAUUGCGUUUAAUAUGCAGCAAACCUACUGGACAACGCAAUCAACCUACCCAUGGUAUGACUGGAGCACAAACAAACAGACCGGCCGCAGUAAGAGCGAGGUCACAAAAACCAGCACGUCAGUUGAGCUACUUCGAAAGCUUCGUUCAAGACUUUCGUGAAUAUUUGCUUACUUCUACUCUUCAUGGACUUCGUUACGUCGGUGAAAAAAAACUCACCUGGUUUGAAAGGUUCUUCUGGCUAGCCGCAUUCUGUAGUGCUAUUGUUUGUGCUGCAUUCUUCAUCUUAAACGUAUACGCAAAAUGGAAAUUGUCUCCAAUGAUAGUCAGCAUAAAUCCCGAAAAUAUCCAAUUGAAUAAACUUCCGUUCCCUGCGAUUACCAUUUGCAACGUAAACCAAGCGAAGAAAUCUGUAGCUGAACGGUACAAAAACGACGGGGGACUGAUAGACAAAAAGUUGUUAGAAAGUUUGUGCUUGUCGACACCGGAUGCAGAUAUCUUUGAAAACGAAUUAUCUGAAAAAGCUGACUGGGAACAUACACGGUCCUUUCUUAUAAACAUAACUCAACCGUGCAACGAGAUGUUGGCGAUGUGUAUUUGGGACUCCAUCAGAAUGAGUUGUCAGGACUUAUUCAACGCUCAACUAACCGAUGAAGGUCUUUGCUGCACGUUCAACGUCGUUCACAGGGAGAAAAUGUUCAGGAAUCCGAGAGAGUUAAACGAUAUGAACAUAACUUUUCCAAACCCAUCCGUGGAAUGGACCCCUGAAAGCGGUUUUCCUGAUGAUGCUCCUCCCGACGGAUUUCCCUGGAGGCCUCAAGGAAUUGGCACCGACCAUGGUUUGACAUUACUACUUGAUGCUAAUGUGGCUGAAUAUUACUGUUCUUCAACAAAAACAACUGGAUUUAAGGUCCUUUUACACAAUCCGAUUGAAACUCCCAACAUAGCAAAGUUAGGAGAGGUAUAUGGGCCGGGAAUUGAAGUGAGAGUUGCUAUUGAACCAAAAAUUCUGGAUGCAAAUCCAUCAUUGAAACAUAUUGAUAUCAACAAAAGGCUUUGCUUAUUCUCAAGUGAAAAAGAAUUAUUUUUCUAUAGAACAUACUCGUUAAGAAAUUGCGAAAUGGAAUGUGAGGCUCGCGCAAUGUUGGAUGUUUGUAAAUGUGUCUUGUACUAUAUGCCCAAAAAUAAAACUACACGCGUAUGUGGUACGGAAGAUGCUAAAUGCUACAGCGAUAUGAGAAAAUAUGUUCUUAAUGGACGUACCCAUAAUUGUGAUGAGUGUCUGCCAGCUUGUACUGAAAUCUCAUACACCGAACGCCCAAGCUCAGCACCACUCAAUAAAGAACUAAUAAAAAAUUACAUCAACUCCCUAAACCUGGCAGCAAACCGAUCUCCAGAAUAUUUCAUAAGUAACAUGUUAAUCGUACAUUUUUAUUUCGAAAACAAUUCGUUUAUGAGAUUUACGAAAGAAGAAGUCUUUGGGCUAACAGAGUUCUUAUCAAACACUGGUGGCUUACUGGGGCUAUGCUUGGGCUUCAGCAUGAUGAGCGUCGUCGAACUCCUCUACUACUUAACACUACGAGCACUCUGUGUGGCUCGGAAGAAUAAGUCUGUUAGACCUUUUGUAAGAUAG